GGGACCGGCAUCUCCCCCAUUGGAGCCUGGGGGGCCCCUCCACCACCACCACCACCCCCAAGCCCUGCCUCUCCUGGCUUCCCGAACGACUGGAGCGACUCCCAGGGAAAGCCGUUGCCAGCCCAGCGGCGGCCGCCGGAGCAUCUCAGCUGCCAGCCCGGCGGGGCACCGGGCAUCUGCGAAGCCAACCUCGCUACUUAGUGGACAUCUCCCGACACCGAGCGACUGCGGCGCCGCCAGGCUUGUGCCGACCCCCAGGCCUCGGAUUUCCGCCCGCCCUCCCCGCCCCAGGGCACGACGCCCGGCUGCUCCGGGCGCCUCCAGCCCCUCGGGCCGCCACCGCCGCGAUGCUGCCCUGGAGACGUAACAAAUUUGUGCUGGUGGAGGACGAGGCCAAGUACAAGGCGAAGAGCCUGAGCCCGGGGCUCGCCUACACGUCGCUGCUCUCCAGCUUCCUGCGCUCCUGCCCGGACCUGCUGCCCGACUGGCCGCUGGAACGCCUGGGCCGCGUGUUCCGCAGUCGGCGCCAGAAAGUGGAGCUCAACAAGGAGGACCCGACCUACACCGUGUGGUACCUGGGCAACGCCGUCACCCUGCACGCCAAGGGCGAGGGCUGCACCGACGACGCCGUGGGCAAAAUCUGGGCGCGCUGCGGGCCGGGCGGGGGCACCAAGAUGAAGCUGACGCUGGGGCCGCACGGCAUCCGCAUGCAGCCGGCCGAGCGCGGUGCCUCGGGGGGCUCGGGGGCCCGCAGGCCGACGCACGCCUAUCUGCUGCCGCGCAUCACCUACUGCACGGCCGACGGGCGCCACCCGCGCGUCUUCGCCUGGGUCUACCGCCACCAGGCGCGCCACAAGGCCGUGGUGCUGCGCUGCCACGCCGUGCUGCUGGCGCGGGCGCACAAGGCGCGCGCCCUGGCCCGCCUGCUCCGCCAGACCGCGCUGGCGGCCUUCAGCGACUUCAAGCGCCUGCAGCGCCAGAGCGACGCGCGCCACGUGCGCCAGCAGCACCUCCGCGCCGGGGGCGCCGCCGCCUCGGUGCCCCGCGCCCCGCUGCGACGCCUGCUCAACGCCAAGUGCGCCUACCGGCCGCCGCCGGCCGAACGAGGCCGCGGGGCGCCGCGCCUCAGCAGCAUCCAGGAGGAGGAGGAGGAGGAGGGGGACGACGAGGAGGAGCGCAAGGGCGGAGGCCCCCAGCGCGAGCGGCCCGAGGUGCUCAGCCUGGCCCGGGAGCUGAGGACGUGCAGCCUGCGGGGGGUCCCGGCGCCGCCGCCACCGCCGCCGCCCGCGCAGCCCCGCCGCUGGAAGGCCGGCCGGGAGCGUUCAGGCCAGGCUCGCUGAUGGCCCAGGGACAGGACCGGCCCUGGGCCCUCCAGACUUGGCGUGUCCAACCCCAGCCCGCUUCUGCUCCCCCGGCACCCCCCGCCGCCUUCACCUUUCUCGCGGUCUCUGUUGUCUGCCCCGCCGGCGCUCCCUUGGGCAGGGGUCCUGGCUGCCCCACCUCAUCCUGGCUCACGGUGGCGCCUUAUUAAGCCCCUGAUUAUUGGGGGUGGGGGAAGAAGGAUGUCUCCACCCCCAUCCGGAGUUUCCUGGGGACCCUCUAACAUGGGCCUGCCGCCUAGCUUUAUACCAAGUCUCCCACUCAGACCCUCCCUCCUAAAACAUGUUCUCAUUCGAAUGGAUGAGAGUUUUCCAGAAAUCUAGGAGGGCGGUGGGCUUGGAUCCUGACCAAGAUGGAGACAGGGAACUCGCUCUUGGCGCCCGAGCCUUCCCCACUGGGAUGCGGAGAGACAUUCUUGAAGGGAAGCCAUCAAGGUGCCUUGAAGAAUUGAGGCAGACCUCUGGCUAGGAGCUGCGGAGUUUCCCUACUUAAGGACAGGAAAGCUGUGGGCCUUAGGUCUGGUCUCUCUACCCCUUGGAGGACUUCUGUGACUUCACUGCUCCGCCUCUGGAGGAGCUGGACUGGUUCUGCCAUCAUUCAGAAGGCCGGCUCAAACCAGGUAACAGCUCUCUGCACCAGGCAGCUGCCCCAGCCUCUGCCCUCCCAACUGGCGCCUUGCACCCCCACGGGACUCCUCGCCCACCCCAUCUCUCUGCAGACAGACGUGUGUGGUCCCUCACUAGGUGCCCCACACCAGGACCAAGAUGUGGUCUCUGAAGGAGGUAAGGAGCACCUUGGGCAAGUGCAUAGAGCACCAACUACCCAGAAAGUCAGGUGCUCCCAGAGCAGGAGGGCCCUAGCAGCAGGAAGGAGGGUGUGGGUCUGAUAGAGGGAGGGGGUCCUGCUCAGAUGUCUCUCAAAAAGCCCAAAGACCUGUGUCACCAACUGAUCAUUGUAAAUAAAGUGGACCUACGUUUUCAGCCUUGCCACCA